ACGUCGCGCUGUUUCUUCCUGCCACAGUGUCGCGACUCUUAGUCCAACUUCAUCUCUCCUUGUCACGUCGCUCAGGACCCUCCGAACCGCCACAUUUCCCAGGGACAACGUCUUUUGUAACGCCCUCGCAGACGUUCGAGAAGAUGCCAGUCCAGUGCGCAGUUUGCGGUCGACGGUUCGUCUGGUCGUCAUCGCUAUCCGUGCAUUCAAGGAUCCACACCGGAGAGAAGCCCUUCGAGUGUAAAGUGUGCAUGAAAAAGUUCACUCAGAGAGGACUCCUUACGCGCCACCUCCGCACCCACACCGGAGAGAAGCCCUUCGAGUGCACUGUCUGCAUGAAGAAGUUCUCUCAGAAAGGACAACUUACAAUGCAUCUCCGCACCCACACCGGAGAGCAGCCCUUCGAGUGCACUGUCUGCAUGAAGAAGUUUAGUCUAAGAGAUACGCUCAAAAGGCAUCUUCUCAUUCACACCGGAGAGAAGCCUUUCGAGUGCGCGGUCUGCAUGAGGGAUUUUCGCGAUGUUCAAUCCCUGAAGGAGCACCUCCUCGUCACCCACACCGAAAAGCUUUUUGAGUGCACGGUUUGCACAAAGAAGUUCAGUACGGGAAAAACUCUGAAGAAGCACGUCAUGACGCACACUGGACAGAGGCCUUUUGAGUGCACGGUCUGCAUGAAGAAGUUCCGUAUGGGAGGCGCCCUGAAGAAGCACCUCGUCACCCACACUGGAGAAAAGCCUUUUGAGUGUACGGUCUGCAUGAAAACGUUCCUUGACACAGGAAGCCUUAAAAGGCACCUGCUUACGCACACCGGGGAGAAACCGUUUGAAUGCACAGUCUGCAGUAAGAAGUUUAUCUCAUCGUCAAACCUCCGUGUACACAUUCGGACGCACACUGGUGAGAAGCCCUUCGAGUGUGCGGUUUGCACCAAGAAAUUUAAGCACAUGGCUUCCCUCCGGCACCACAUCCGCGCCCACACUGCGAAGAUGUCUUGAAUGCCCGGUAUGCGCUUUUAACCAGCUUCCGCUGAAAACUCUACCAUUCCCGUGCUGUUGGGAAGCCUUUAAGUUUCGGUCGACAUUUGGUGAAGGCAUGAACGCCGUGGGUAGUAAUUUGGUUCUGAUAUUUUGUUUUAUUUUAUUUCGUAAUCCGAUGUAUUGCAAUACUUGACAAGCAGAUGACACUGUGCCUAAUGUUAGAUGGCUGAUAAGAACUUUAAUUUCGUUUGAUUUUGAAGUUUGUUGUUUAUUUA